AAAAGACAGACAUGACCGGAAAAUUUGUAUUGACGUAUAAAGUCCAAAGUUUGGCCAUAAGCCAACAGACAAUAUUAACCUGUUUCCUCAAAGAAACUUUACUCUCUUGCCUCUGGUAGAUUCAAUUCGGCACAGCUACAGUAGAAGUGUAAAAUGGCUCAAUAUGAAUACAAAAAACUUAGUGACCAACUUUUCACAUACAAAGGAAUGGUGUUACCUGUAAAAGACAUUCAUUUAAUUUCUCCAGAAUAUAUUGACAGUUUAAAGGAUUUUGAAAUAAGGGAUGAUGACGUCUUUGUCGUUACCUUUCCAAAAUCUGGAACGGUUUGGAGCCAGCAAAUCCUGACCUCACUGUAUGAAGAAGAUUUCCCUGAGAAAGUAAAUGAAACCACGUAUGAGCGGAUGCCCUGGCUGGAGCUUUUGCAGAGGGGGAAAGAUUACACCUUACGUCCAUCCCCAAGACUCUUCUCUACCCAUUUACAUGAGCACCUGGUGCCAAAAGGAUUGCAAGGAAAAGGAAAAAUCAUUUACAUUAUGAGAAACCCAAAAGACAUCAUGGUGUCCUACUUUCAUUUUUCCAAGAACAUGAAGCCCCUGGAAUCUUCUGAGAGCUUUGAUGACCUGCUGGAUAAGUUUUUCACAGGAUGGAUGCUCGGUGGAUGUUGGUUUGACCACAUCAGAGGAUGGAUCUCAAAUCAAGACAAAUACAACAUCUUGUUCUUGACUUAUGAAGAGAUGAUCAAGGACCUUAGAUCCGUCAUUGUGAAAAUCUGUAAGUUUCUGGGAAAGAAUCUGUCAGACGCUGCGAUUGAUAAAGUUGUGGAAGAAGCAACUUUCAACAACAUGAAGAAAGACCCCAAAGCCAACUACGAAUUCCUGCCUGGAGAAGUCACAGACCGUCCAAAAGGACUAUUUGUGCGCAAAGGAACAAUUGGGGAUUGGAAGAACUCAUUAACUGUCGCUCAGAAUGAACGCUUUGACCGCGUCUACCAAGAGAAAAUGAAAGGACUACAGCUAAACUUCAUCUGGGACAUCACUGAGAUACAAAACUGAAAAUCAACACAAUUUUCUUAAUAGUAUGUAUACUGGAAAAAAUCUAUGCAGCACUUCGAUUUGUAAGUUUAAUCAACUUAAGUCAUUUCAACUAAUUUUUCUUGCUGUAAGAGUUGCUGUAACUUAAAAAAUAAAGUUGAAUUAGCUUAAGUUAUUUUAACUUUAUUUUUAUAAUUUACAGCAACUCCCCCAUAAGGCAAAAAAUAUAUUUUCAAAUAUUGUUUUAAAUAUAUAGUAAAAAAAGUAUAUGUACUGAAUAUAGUAUGAACAUAUUUUAUGAUACAUUUUGAAAUUUUCACCAAUAUAUUUUUUUGCCAUUUUUUGUAUAUUUUGAAAUAUAUUUUGAGCAUGAGAGUCGCUUUUAUGUUUUUUUGUGCCCCUCAGGAGAAAAGUCACCGGCUGCCACUGAAUGUAGUGGUAAAAACACAUACUCAAAUUUACAUGAAUAUAUCAACAUUCACCGUUGGUUAGGGCAUAAAGAAAAUAAUUAUUUAAAUCUUAACGCUUAUUCUUAUCUGUUGUCUCUUUAGUUGUUACACUAUGCAACAACUGUAACUGAUUUUCCAGAUGAAUACAAAUAAAGAUCAAAUCAAGGCCUCGUAUGUGAGACUGUGUUUUGACUACGGUUAUGCAAUUCCAUUAGUUUUAACAAAAUUUCAUCACAAUUUAAAUUUUAUGUUUUAUCCAAAAAUAAGAACUAAAAGGAAUCUAAAUACUUGUUAUUUAAAAAGUCAAAGUGGUUUAAGCUCUUUUAGCUGAUAAACUGAUAUUUCUGUAAAGUUUCCAUUUAGGUUAUGAUUGUUUGCUUUGCUAAACACGGAUCCUUUAAGACAUUGUAUUUCUCUCCACAAAUCACUCUUUUAAAUCAGGUGGUGUGGUUAUAUAAUACAUGAAUCACUAUAAAGCUCCAUUUAUUUCUACAAUCACAACUGCACACAUGAAUUUAUCAGCGAUGCCAAGGUUCAGGUAAAAGUAUAUUGUUAGCACAGUGCUGUUAUGUAUCCAGGAGAGGGAGGUAAAAACAUUAUGACAAAUUUACCAUGCAAAAAUAUUUCACAGUGUUUUGGGUGCCAUUGUGGGUCUUACCUUUUAAUAAGGUUACAGUACAUUCAAGUUUCUAAACAUUUCAUUAAUUCAUAAUGAAACCCAUGAC